UUAUUUUCGUUAAAAAAGCAUUCAGCAUCUUCGAGUAAUUUAAAGGAUAUUGCUGAAGUUACUUUGUUCGAUUCGUUAGUUACCAUCAUAACUGACGUUUUCUUUACAUAACCAUACUUAUCUAACCUCAAAUUUAAGAUUCGUAUCCUACCUUCUCAUUAAAAAUUCUUAUUUAAUUUAAGAAAUGUGUACGGAAGUUGAUGUCUUCAUUACCAAUUAUACUCUUGUUGAUCCCGAAAUACUUGAGUUAUGGAUACAAGGGUUUUCAGCCUCUGAAGCAGUAUCUACAUUAAACCAAAGAGGUCUUGGUCAAAAGACAGGAGCAUCCCUGGAAUUAAUUGCCAGCGACGUUUUAGAUCAUUAUCGUACUUAUUCCCUCUUGGAGAAGCUUCUUACAAACCCUAAUAAAUUGCAAGAACAAUUGGCUUUUCAAAUUGACCCUGACACCAGGCAGUUUCUAAUUGAGAGCUAUUAUGCCAUUGACGAUAACGUCGUUCGCGAGCUUUUGGGGAAAAAGUUGUCUUCAAAACAUCGAAAAGAUUUGGAUGAAGUUGCAGAGAAAACUGGCGUUCCAUUGAAAUCUUGUCGAAGACAGUUUGAUAAUAUUAAAAGGAUUUUUAAAUCGGUUGAAGAAAUGCCCGGACCGAUUGUGCAGAAUAUUCAAAAGCUGUUCUAUUUACAUGAAGAUUUGGCUCGAAAAUACGCGUGCAUUGUCUUUCUGGCUUGCAUUAGGUUCGAGACAUCAAAACGCCGGUUACAGUACCUGGAUUUUAUUACGUUAAAACAGUGUACGGAGGUAAUAAUGGACCUAUGGACUUACAACGUAACAGGUAAAAGUUUGUACUAGCAUCUGGGCAUCUUCCUUCAUCUGGGAAGGCUAGUUUUAUUAAACUAAUAUAUCCCAAGCAGGGAUUAAAUACUGUAUUCCUAAUUAUAGGCCUAUUUCUAUUUUAAGUGCUCUUGAGUGUAUUAUAGCUGAAAAACUGGCUUUGUUACUUGAGAAUCAAAUUAUUUCAGAACAAUAUGACUACUCUAAGGCUAAAUCAAAUCUGAUUGUGUAAUAUCAAUAUAUUUUUGAAGCUUUUCUUGCAAAAAAAAGCAAGUUAUUCUUGGUCAAAGACUAUAGUCUAACGUUCACAUUGACUUCAUGUGCAAAAGCGCCUCUAGGCUCGAUUGGUUUGUAUCAGAGGAAACUCUACUGGAUUUAAGGGUCCUUAUACAAUAAGAACUCUGGUUAGACCUUCACUUUAUUAUUUUUAUCCUCUUUAGGGAUUGUCAUGUCACUUGAGCAUGUAUAGAAUACGAUGUUGAGAUAUCUAGCUUAUUUUUUAAGAUUUAUUUAGCCUUAGGGACUGAAAUCAGGAUAAAUUUAAUAUACAAUCAGUACUAAAGGGGUUAAACUAUUUAUGUACCCUUAACAAAGUAACUUUUAUAUAAAGGUGUUAGAUAACCUCAAAAGAGUAUUCGAAAGGCUAUUAGUUGAUGAUCAUUAUGUAAAUAAGUAAAAUCUUCUACUGUCUACUUUUAGAUAGAUGGAGGA